AAGUUUGAGCCUAACAGGACACCGUCCUCACACUGGCGAAAAAAUGGCGGCCGUCCUAGCGAGAAGGCUUUCUGGGCUGCUGAGGCCACUUUCUGCAUCCGUGUGUACCAGGACACCCCAGACCUGUAAGCUGUCCAGCCUGGUCCAGCCUCCGUCUCUCCUGUGUUCCGCCACAGCCGCUGUCCGAACCUCUCCUCGGGCUGCAGUGUGUUACACAGCCCGGGGCAGCAUCCUGCAGCGGGUGGUGCCACUUGUCCCCAGUCUGACUCAGCAGCCAUGCAGAAGUCUGACGUACUUUAGCGUGAAAAAGGGAAAGAGGAAGUCUGUAAAAUCAGUGACCCAAAGGUUCAUGCGGCUGCACUGUGGCCUGUGGAUAAGACGCAAGGUGUUUGCUGGAUAUAAGAAGAAACUGUGGAAGAAGAUGCCUGCCAGAAAGAAGCGCCUGAGAGAAAUUGUGUUUUGUAACAAAACACAGUGCAUUCUUUUAGAUAAAAUGACAGGCUCAUAUUGGAAAAGGAGAAACUGGUACGUCAAUGAUCCCUAUCAGAGGUAUCAUGACCGGGUCAAUCUCAAAGUGUAAUUUGCAGAUUCUUGCUAUGGGUCAGGCUUGCACAUAAUGUAAUUAUGGUCUACAUGUACGAAAUAAAACUCUAUUCCUAAAAUGUUUUGCUUUCGAUUGACUUUUGAGGAUAUCUGAAAAAAAUAAAAUAAAACCAAGUUUUUAAA